AGUGAUCUGGUGUUGGGGGUGGAAAUUGGCUCAGAAAUUUAGCAUCGCUGUGUCCUGCAACAGUUCAGUGGCUGCUGCAAGAGUGAGGUAGACUCUUUGAGUCUAUGAAGGGACAGUUUGAAAAUAAAGCUCUAGAAUGGGUUCCCAGAAGCCGUUGUUGUGCGAUUGGCUUAUUGAGCAGAUAAACAGUGGGCUGUACCCUGGCCUCCAUUGGCUGAAUGCGGAGAGAACUCGAUUCCAGAUCCCUUGGAAACAUCGCUCGAGGCAGGACGUUUCUGAAGAUGACUUCAAAAUAUUUGAGGCUUGGGCGAUAGCAAGUGGCCGAUAUAGGCCAGGGAUUGAUGUUCCUGACCCUAUUGUAUGGAAGAGAAACUUUCGCAGUGCUCUGAAUCGGAAGAAGCAUUUUCACCGCGUGGUUGACAGUAGGAAUUCUGAGACACCUCACCUGAUUUAUGAGAUCCGGAGCAUUGGCCAGCAGAGUGGGGCCAGUGCCGAGGAGGAGAGUGAGGAAGUCAGCCCUGCCAUCGACAGCGCCAGCCCUGGACUCUCCACGGGCUCAUCCCCAAACGUGCAGGGGACCCUGGAGAGCAGUUUGCAAGACAUGACGUUAUUCGACUGGGAGUCAGGGGGCGGUGGAGAAGGAACCAUGAUGGAAGUGGGAGCAGCCCUGUAUCCUUCCGACUAUGCUCCGGACUAUGCUGUGGCUCCAAACUACCUGAGUCAAAUAGACCCCAGUGGCCAGCCCACUGCCGGUGCAGAUGCUGCCUGUGCGAUGCCACUUGCUGUCGAAGAUCCCGACAUGGUCAUCCCAAACGUUGGCGAGUUCCAAACACAGAUGAGGGGCUAUUUCCAGAAUGGACACUUAGCAACCGAGUUUGAGAUAACAAUCUACUAUCGUGGCAAGAGGGUGAAGGAGCAGACUUUGAAGAACAUCAAUGGAUUCCGACUGUUUUACACAUCGGAAUCUAAAUUCCCGUACCUGGAGGACCUCCAGUUCCCAGAAGCAGCCUCCUGUUUGUCUGACCAGCAACAAAUCAUGUACACAAAUAAGUUGUUGGAGGGGAUGGGCCAAGGGCUGACUGUGGAAGUGAAGAAUAAUCAGAUCUGCGCGCAGAGACACGGGAGCUGUAGGACCUUCUGGUCAAUGACAGAGAACCCCAGCAAUAAGGACCCUCGACAGAUCUCCAACAGGGAGCUCACUGUCCUGUAUGACCUGCCCCAGUUUCACCAAGAACUGUGUGCCUUUCUGAACUCUGAGCGUGGCUCUCCGCAGUAUUCAAUUUGGCUAUGUUUUGGGGAGCUCUGGCCAGACUGUUAUAGACCCUGGAAUAAGAAGAUGAUCAUGGUGCAGGUGACACCUAUAACCUUCAAGCUGUUACAUGAACUGGCACAUGGAGUGGGAGCCUCUUCACUGAAUAGUGAAUCUAUAAACCUCCAGCUUUCUGACCCCCUCUCCUCCUCCAGCCUCCUGUCCAUACUGGAACAGUGCAUGGAUGUCGAGUACACAGACAGUACCUCUGAUGACCAUUGCGGUGACAAGAGGGAGUGACCGUACCGAAAUGGACGCAUUAAUCCAGGGACUGGGAGUUCAAAUGUCAUGAUUUUUUGGGGGGGGUGAAAUGAUAAAACUUUGGAAAGAAAAGUAAUCUGGCUGUGGUUUGGGAAGUGAUUGUGAAACUGUUGCAUCACUGUAAAAGCCCAACUUGUGUCGAUAGGCUGGGAAGUGAGAAACUAUAGGUGAUCCAGUCCCACACCAAUAACACUUGACUCAUAACAGUCCCUCUGAAAUGAGACCCUCGGUCAUACCAAGUUGUCAACCACUGGUCAGGAAAGCCCAUAGGAGGGCAAUAAACAUCAGAGAAAGGGUGCAAGCCUAAGUAUAGGCGAAGAGCGCUCCAGAUCAACAGAGAAAUGAAGGGAAUCGGAGAGGCCAGAUACUAACAAUUGAAAACCAAAGCAGGUCAGUGACUGUGGGGAGGGCAGACUCAAUUCUGAAGAGGCUGCACUGGAAGCCUUAAUGUAUUUAUGUAAAUAACAUUCCUACCUUUCAAUGAAGAAACCCUGCUGAGAACUGGGCUUGGCUGAAUCCAUGGCACCACAUGCCAAAGGCAAAAGUUGCUAAAGCAGCCAGUUUUCAAAUUGACUGUGGGUCCAAUUAUGCAUUUAUUUCUAUCCUGUAAUUCCCCCUUUGAACGCUGUGAAGUUUCAAACGCAUGAAUCAAUGAGCUUCUGGGAACAGAUCUGCUACCAGUAUGCACUCUGAAGCAAAGGUAUAAAUGCUUUGUCCGUACAUCAGUCACACAGAGGCUGCUGCUGGAGUUAGGUUUCCUCCAGGCAUAUAAAGCAAUCUCCGAGUUGUUCUUCACAAUGCGCCACAGCGCUGGAAUGCAGUGGUCCCAGGACUGCAAGUAGGCAAGCACCUGCCUGUACAGACCUGCUCCUUCUCACUAGCUCACUGCUGGUGAAGCCAACACUGCUGCCCUUGUCGAUAGCCCAGAAUCAGUAAUCCACCAACUUGUGCUAGACAGAGAGAGAGAGAGAACUAAACGAAAUAAAAUGCUGUCUCAUGACUCCUACUGUUUUUCAAAGAGACAAGCACUCCUGUUCUGUAACAAUCUGACUUUUAUUUUUACAAUAUUCUCAAUAACAGGCAGAUAAAUACAAUAUUAGCACGGCUGAUGGAGCUGUCUACCAAAACUGACCACCUCCCCACCAAUCCAACAACAACAGGCCCAUUAUCACUUCUGGGUGGGGAUGACUGUACAAUUGGAAUUUAUUUCUCUUUAGGUAGAGAUUCAAACUUUUACAAUGAUUUCACUUUGCCUGAUUUUAUCAAGAGCCACGCAAGGGGGGAGGGAAUCGCUGUUUUUUUUUAAAAAUAAUUGUCCGUUCCUUUUCUCUUUGGCAACUGACCUGCUGCGGUACCCACCUCAUCCAAAGCAGCAUCUUUGCUGAGUGCCCAGUGAUUUAUUUCAUUGUUGGUGCUGUGACAUCAGAGGCUGCCAGUCACGUUGGUGAAAGGACACAGUGGGAAUUGUAGGAAGAAUAACAAUUAAAACUCUGAAGACAUUUCACCUCAUUUAGCUCAGCAAAUCCUAACAUCAGUAUGUUCCUCAUUUCAGCGGUGCUAAUACUGUUUAAUAGUUCUAUUUUUAUUCAGGGUGGGAGGUGUGGAAACAUUAGGGCGGGCCCCCUCAACUGCGAAUAUAAACAGCCCAAAUAAAUUAGUUGUUUUACAAAACAGUUUGUCCAAUUUUCUUGAGGCAGUGAGCUUAUUUCUUUUAACUAAAAAAAAUUGUUUUUAAUGAUAUACUGUAAUUUCACAAGGGGGGCCCUACUGCCUCCUUUUAAAUGUGCAUUCUUUAUUAUCUAGUAUUUAAAAAGGCCAGCAAAACCCCAAAUAUCAAUAUAUAUAUACUCCUUGGGUCAGUGAAACCUGCUUUGGUUCCACAGACACACACGCACACACACACACUCACACGCAGUCUCACUCAUCAAAUAACCACCUUUCGACAGACAUACACACUGGCAAAUCCAUCCAGAGGUAUAGACGACAUCAAACGACAGUCAGACAAAGGCUGGGAAUGUUGCACUGUCAUCACACUGAAUUUCUCAGCCCACCCUCCCUCUCCUCCCCAGCUUCAUCACCUCCCUCCCCCCACAAACCACUCCUUGAAAUUACAGAAUGUACAGGUCAUAGCCCCAGCUCAAAUCUUAAACCCAGCCCCUUAUCACGUUGCCAGAAAUGACAUAAAGCAGGUCACACAUACAAGACGACUGAACUGCUUUGCACCUUUGAGCUAGACUCUUCCUGGGCAGAAACAAAAAAAGCAAAUUACAGCGACAGAGUCAGAUGUGGUAAUUCAACCUUGAGGUGUGCAAUGGGGGUGCGAUGCCGAGCAAGGUGCCUGAGUUAAUCCCGUAUUCUAUAACAUGAUUGGCAGCAGAUUGAGAG